CCCAGUUCCACAGCCUCCUGCCGAGCUCGAGACCAACGAAUUGCUUUUUCCGCCAUUAAAGAGUAACAUCAGCAAAGUUAGACAGAGUCGAAGGGCAGCUGUUGUUGUUUCUCGUUAUCGUGAAUUAAUUCGCAGUCUGACGUCCCCGCAGGGAGUCCCUUAAUCUGCCACGAUACAGAUCUGAAUCGAGCUUCUAAGGCCCAGCGGAGUAUCAAAGUCGCUGAAGCUCCGCGGCGCCAAGACUGGUCUUUUUCGUCGCUUCUCCGCGGAGACGAUAAACCCAUCGUAGGUCUACCACAAGUAGUCGACGGUGGAGUGGAACUCACGAUUGUAGUCAGAUCUUGAGCACUCGCUUAAACGAGCUCCCGACAGUCGUUGCAGUCCAGCUGUUUGACAAAAGUUCCCAAAGAGUUCAGUCUUUUCGAAGAACCAGAUUGAUACACCAUGCGACGGUUAUUUGCAAGGAUAUUGAGAAGCUCUUCAUCUUCAACUACGUUCUUCCGCCGACCGAAUUGCACUCUGGCCACCCGAUCGGUGAAUUCGAGUAUUCGAAAUCUCAAAGAAGGACAAGUCAUCCCGGGGAAGUUCAUCAAAUGGGCGUCACUAGGGUUCGCGAGGGCUUCAAGUUUUGCCUCUGGGUUCACUCCGUUGGAGCCAAAGCCGCUGGAAUCGAUCAUGGAUGUUGAACGGGCCAAGCAUAAGUCACCCGAGGAACUCGCUUCUGCCUGGGACGAUUAUCACCUGGGGAGAGGUCACAUUGGAGCAUCCAUGAAGGCCAAGCUUUACAAUUUGCUAGUCCAAAGAGCAGCAGACUGCAAGUAUUUUGUCAUCCCAUUGUGGAAGGGAUCUGGCUAUACUACAAUGUUUGCACAAGUGCAAACACCAUACAUCAUCUUCACGGGUCUUGAAGAUUACAAGGCGAGGGGAACUCAGGCGGCUCCAUACUUUACAGUCUCCUUCUACACUGACUUUGCAGAUAGCAAGGACUUGGUUCUCGUACGAGGAGAUAUCGUGUUCACCAGCAAACUCAGCGACGAAGAGGCACAAUGGCUGUUAGAGACGGCUCAGUCUUUCUAUCUUAAUGACACGAGGUACAAGCUCGUAGAACGAUUCAACAGGCAGACUCGCGAUUUCGAGUUCAAGGAUGUUCUCCAGGCACUAAACAUGCCCAUCCUGUGAAGACAGCAAAGAAAAUUGGUGCACAGCAGAAACGCAGAAAAUAGUGAAACCAGGGGUGCCUGAUUGAGAUUGACAGGCUCCUUCCUGAACUAUAGAUCCAACGCUGUUAUGGUAUCACGGAUUCUGUCCAUGGCAUGAGCAGUUGUAGGUCUCUCUUUCCAUCCUGCUACAUAGUCCACCUAGAGAUAAUCAUCUUUCUUCUUUUGUUUGAUGUAAUAAUCUUAGAACCGAGCUUAGAGGCUCAACCCGGCUUAAGUUUCUCAUUUUGAUGAGAGGGGACUUGAAGCUGAGAUUGCAUUGUGGUUGGAAGUUGGUGAGUUUAAGUUGUCUUUCAAAUAAUUUACAACUAGUCAA